AUGGCCAGAAGAGCUCCAAAAGCCGGGCCAAGCAGGCGCGGAAAGCAGCGGAAAGCAGCCGCGGCCACGCGCAGAGCUCGCGGAGCGCGAGACACAGACGGAGGAGCUCCAGCCCAGAAGCGCGCCGAGGAAGGUGCACGCGCAGCCAGGCCGACCGAGUCGAAUGAAGACUUCUUGCCCGAGAUCCGCCUCGCAGCCAAGGAAGAACCGCUCGAGCUGUGCUUAUCGGAAGAGGACACUGAGGACCUUGCGGCCCCACCCGUGCCGCCGCAACCGCUGCCACCGCCGGUGCCGCAUCCGCCGGUGGAACCGGCGCUGCCGAUGGUGUCGCAGCUGGUGGGGGAACUGAUGGGAUCCCUGCCUGAGAAGGACGCAGAUUGAAUCUGCAUGGGGCUGAAGACAAGGAACGUUCUGACAUCAUCAAGCAGUUCAAUACGGAACGAGAGCCUAGCGUCCUCUGUAUUUCACUGCCAGUAGGCGGUGAGGGUUGAACUCGCAGGCUGCAAGUCCAGUGUCCCUCAUGGAUCCCUGGUAGAACCCCGCCGCAGAGCAGCAGGCGAUGCAGCGGUGUCAUCGUUCCUUGCGUGCACUUUCUUCCGCUGCAGCUCCAUGUCCUUGAAG